GCGUCGCGUUCUUGCUUUUCCCAUGUCUUUCAGCCUCAUCCGGUCUACGCGCCUGCUCCAGCGCUGGCCCGUGCACAUCCGCACAUUCGCUGCAGAAUCCUCAUCGUCCCCACCACCCCGCUUGGGCUCAGUAGGCCCCUAUGAGGUCUUUGACCGAAACGCAAAACGCCUCCAGAAGGACCGAGCCGUAUCUCGUGAUGCUGGUGUUAGGAGCAGGACCGUGGACUAUGUCCGAGAUGAGGUUGCGGACAGAAUGAUGGAGAGACUGCUGGAUAUUAAACGCAAGUUCGACACGAUUGUCGACCUCGGCUCAGGUGCAGGCCAUUUUUCUAAGCUGCUAGAACCCGAAAAGACGCGCAAGGUUAUAAUGAUGGACUCCAGCGAAAAGACGCUCAAUCGUGAUCCUGACGAAGACUUUGAUGUCGAAGUAGAAAGAGUACAUGCAGAUGAAGAGCAUCUCCUUGAUGCCUUACCCCGUAAUUCGCAGGAAGCUAUAGUCUCCUGUCUCAGUUUACAAUGGGUCAACGAUCUUCCCGGCGUGCUCAUACAGAUAAAAGAAGCACUUCAGCCAGACGGGCUAUUUCUUGCCGCUCUAUUCGGUGGUGACACACUAUUCGAGCUGAGGACAUCUCUUCAGCUCGCAGAAGUUGACCUAGAAGGUGGCAUAUCACCACACAUCUCUCCCAUGACCGACACCAGAGACAUGUCCAACCUCCUUUCUCGUGCGGGCUUCACCCUCCUUACCGUUGACGUCGACGAAGUCAAAGUGGCCUUCCCUAGCAUGUGGGAGCUCGUCGAGGACUUGCGCGAUAUGGGCGAGAGUAAUGCCGUCAUAGGACGGAGACACUUCCUGCAUCGCGAUACACUGGCCGCAGCUUCUGCUAUCUACAAAGAGCUACACGGCAAUGAAGAUGGUACAAUUCCUGCGACCUUCCAGGUCAUCUACGUGAUUGGCUGGAAACCUGCCCCGACCCAGCCAAAACCCCUUGAACGAGGCACCGCGCAGACGAACCUGCAGGAGGUCCUAUAAUACAUCCAUACUUUUACAGAACCAUGUUUUAUUUAAGUAUAAAAAGUCGACCAUUUUUUACACAACCCGA